CUGUGUCCGCCCAGGUGCCUCCACCACCUCCAGCAGCCUCCGACACAGGGGAGGGCCUGACAUUCCGGGUCCUUUACGGGGUGCUCGAGCACGAACCCUUGUGCUACCUGUUAAAAGUCGGGGAGGCGACCCUUCUGCUGGACUGCGGGUGGGACGUGCAGCUGGAUGAAGCCUUGCUCGAGCCCCUGCUUCCUGUCCUUCCCCAGGUCCAGCUCGUCCUCCUUUCCUUUCCAGACCUUUCCCACAUGGGGGCCUUGCCCUGGGUGGCCAAGCACCUGCGUCCCGGCGUUCCAAUUUACACGACCCAGCCUGUUUUCAAGAUGGCUCAGAUGGUGCUCUACGACCUGUACCUGAACAAGUGCAUGGACACUGCCAGCGGCGCCGCCGGGUGUCCCGCCUUUACACUCGACGAGGUGGACGCCGCCAUGGCGCGUUUCCAGCUUCUCAAGUUCUCGCAGCCGCUGGAAGUGCGGCAGCAGGGCCGCUUCUACCUGAGUGUGACUCCUUACCCUGCGGGACGCAUCCUGGGCGGGUGCUUUUGGCGCGUGAACUACAAGAAGAUGGAGGAGAUCGUGUACGCGGUGGACUUCAAUCUCAAGAGCGAACGGCACCUUACGGGGGCCGUGGAGGCCUUCAAUGCGCUGAGCGCGGACAAGGAGCAACGACCCUGCCUCUUCAUCACGGACGCGCGCCCCUCCCCCAAUCUGUCGACGGACGAACGCAAGGUCGAGACCGAGUUCCUGGCGGCGGCUACCGGGACCUUGCGGAAGGGUGGGCAUGUCCUCAUCCCCGUCGAGACCUCGGGACGCGCCCAAGAGCUCUUGCUCGCGCUCAACGGGCACUGGCGCUCCGAUCGGCUCCUGUGGGGCUACAAGAUCGUCCUCCUCCACCACAUGGCGCGUAACGUGCUUCACUUCACCAAGAGCAUGGUCGAGUACAUGCACCCCGAGGUCAUCCGGGACUUCGACCGCUCCCUGCGCAACCCCUUCUCGCUCAAGCACGUGGUCCCCGCCCAGAGCAUGCUCGAGCUGGAGGCCGCCAUGGGCGAGUACCGGAACCCGGUGGUGGUGCUUGCGAGCGACGAGGGCAUGGACACGGGCUUCUCGCGCGCCCUCGCCACCCGGUGGGCGAGCGGGCCUGAGAACGCCUUGUUAUUGUGCGGACAUCUGCGGAAGGGGAGCCUGGCAGAAAGCUUCUGGAAGCUUCGGCACCUGCCCAAGGCGGCGCUUUCCUUCAGCGUUCCAGUUAUAGAGCGCAUCGUGGGGGAGGAACUGGCAGGCCUGCGAGAGA